CAAACUUAAAAAACUAAAAGUACGGAGAAAUACAGUUUUAAGACAUACAUGGAUGUUUCAAGACAUUUCUCAGACCCACAAUAUCUAAUGGGCUCUGAAGGGUUAGAGAGUGACAAUGCUGGCACGGAGAACUCGAUGGACGGCGAUAUCAUGUUGGCUUCGAGAAAUCCUAAGAAGAGAGAUGGGAGAAAAAAAUUUAAGGAGACAAGGCACCCAGUAUAUCGUGGAGUAAGGAGUAAGAACCCACAUAAAUGGGUUAGUGAAGUGCGUGAGCCCAAUAAAAAAUCAAGAAUCUGGCUUGGGACCUUUCCCACUGCAGAAAUGGCAGCGCGUGCACAUGAUGUGGCCACCAUUGCACUCCGCGGUCGUUACGCAUGUCUCAAUUUCGCCGACUCGUUGUGGAGGCUUCCGGUUCCAGCAUCGACAGCAGCUAAGGAUAUUCAGCGGACGGCAUUGGAGGCGGCUGAGGCAUUUCGGCCGGCAGAGUUGAUCGGUGUUUCUGGGGAUGACUUGACGCAGAGUUCAGAAAAUGAAGCUACAGUGGCAGUGGCUGCGGAGACAGAGAUAGAGCCGGAAGAUACGUCUUUUGUGGAUGAGGAGGAGGUUUUCGGCAUGCCUGAGCUGAUGAGAAAUAUGGCAGAGGGGAUGAUGUUGCCUCCACCACCUCAUUGUUAUGGUGGAGAUAACAUGGAAACUGACGGUGAGGUUUCAUUGUGGAGUUAUUCAGAUUGAUUGUUAUUAGUAAUAUUAUAGCAUAAUGCUGCAGUGUGAUGUGAGGGAAAGUUGGAUAUGGCGAUGUCAUACUGUACAAAAGAAUUUGUUGUAACAUUUGUUUGCACCAACAGAAAUUGUAACCCGUUUUGGGUUUUAGCUAUAUCAAACUUUAGUUGAACUGGAUGUAGCCCAUUGCUAAUAUUCUAAUAAAGUAAUUGGAUUUUGUGUUUGA